AUGAUCACCAACCUCAACCCCAGUGAGGACUACAAGACCAGUGUUCUUAGUGGCCUGAGCCCAGAGGCUAUCAUGGAAUGUGCGGGACGUGCAUUGAGCUUCUGGUCUUAUCAGAUGACACAGGACCUGACCUGGGAGAGCCAUCGUUGUAAAGUCCUCACCAGCCGCUAUACUGAGUUGAGCGUUUCCCUCGACAACAUCAUCGGUGAUGCAAACGCCCAGCUCACAGCCCUUCAGAAUAAGGUGGCAAGCAUGAAUCUUGACCACGACAGCCUCCGGAGGAAGAAUGAGGAAUUGACGCAGGCUUACAAGGAGAAGAAUCGGAAGCUGCUUCAGACGCAGGAACUAUACGAUAAGCUCAAACGCAAGGCCAUGCUCGGCCACAUACAGGAUGCCGCCUCUGACGCGGUGGACACAACUCUUCAAGGGACUUCCUCUUAUGCAGCCCAGCAGCAGGCAGAUCGUGGAAUCUACGAACACCAGAUUGGAACACCACUUCGUCCAGCGCAGUAUGCCGAGAGACCUAAUCGUCCUGGAGCCGUGCCCGCGCAGCCCCAAAUGAUGGCGCCCGAUCCUCGCGCUGGAACUUGGGCCGGUCCAGCAUUCCCACAAGGCAAGUUACCCGCUGAAAUCCAAAGCUUUUAA